AUGGCCAUCAUCCGCGAUUUCCCCGGCGUCAAGGUCACCGUCCAAGUGGACGGCCGCGAUGCCACUGAGUAUGAUGACCCGGAUGGUUUCGAAACCGACCCCAACCGGAAAAACGCCCGUUGGCGAACCUUCCAUUACAUCGAAUCCAAGGACGACGCCUUCUUCUCUGUCUGCUAUCAGGUCGACAACAGCCAUCGCUGGGAGGGCCCUGACCACGCGCUCACCUUGGCCUUAUACGUCGACGGCAAAAGGGCAAGCGGCAUGGUGUGUGAGGCCGAGCGCUUUCUCAAUUUUGACCCAUUGUAUGUUUGGGAAACCACCGUUGAAGGCUCUCGUGAGAGGUCCACUACUUCGGGCUACGACCGCCUCAACAAAUUCAAGUUCUCCAAGGUCACCACGUUUGAUGAUGCUGCAAUUGACCGGGUGAAGGCGGACACCGCAAAGGCAAAAUUAUUGGGCGUCAUUGAGGUGUUUGUCUAUCCCGUGAUCAUCACCGGGCCUUCCACGUACACCAGAUCCCCUCACCGCCACAAAGCGCGGCGGAGUGGCAACUUUGAGAUUGCCGAGAAGGCUCUCAAGGGCCGCGCAGUCUCCCACGGCACCUCGUUCGCCGACGGUGGUAUUGUUUCUCAGAGGCCCAGUGUCACUGCGGAAUAUCUCAAUAACCACAACCCGAUUGCGGCCUUCAGCUUCAAGUACCGCUCGCGAGACGCACUGCACAAGGAGUUGAUCAUUCCCAGAUCGCCGAGCCCUGAGCCCAUUGCCGGGUUGUCUGAGGCGGAAAUUCGCCGAUUGGCCGUGGAACGCCUCGACGAUAUUAACGUCAGUUUCCCCGACUCUUUCACCCCGCAGCGGAAUGAUGACCUUAUGCAGAAUCGCCGUAACUCUCCAACCGUGAAGUCAGAGAGCCGCCGUCCAAUCAUCAAGCGGGAAUGCACGGAGAUUCUCGACCUCACGGUAGAGCCCGCCAAGCGGGAGUGGAAGAAGAUCAAGAUCGAAGGCAACCGUGUGGCUAUUGACCUCACUGACGACUAG